AUGCCGGUGCGCCGGGGCCAUGUGGCCCCCCAAAACACCUAUCUGGACACCAUCAUUCGCAAAUUUGAAGGACAAAACCGCAAGUUCCUCAUUGCCAACGCCCAGAUGGAGAACUGUGCCAUCAUCUACUGCAACGACGGCUUCUGCGAGAUGUUCGGCUACUCCCGCGUGGAGGUGAUGCAACAGCCCUGCACCUGCGACUUCCUCACUGGCCCUGACACCACCAAGAGCUCCAUCGCCCAGCUCACCCAGGCCCUGCUUGGCUCCGAGGAGUGCAAGCUCGAGAUCCUCUACUACCGCAAAGACACAUCGUGUUUCCGCUGCCUGGUGGAUGUGGUGCCUGUGAAGAACGAGGAAGGUGUCGUCAUCAUGUUCAUCCUCAACUUCGAGGAUCUGGCACAGCUCAUCGCCAAGAGCACCGGGCGGAGCCUGCACCAGCGCCUGUCCCAGAGCUGGAGCAAAGAGGCUUCCCAUGUCAAACCCAACCCCCCGAACUCCACCUCGGACUCAGACCUCAUGAAGUACCGGACCAUCAGCCAGAUCCCCCAGUUCACACUCAACUUUGUGGAGUUCAACCUGGAGAAGCACCGCUCAGGUUCCACCACAGAGAUUGAGAUAAUUGCUCCCCACAAGGUGAUGGAACGCACCCAGAACGUUACUGAGAAGGUCACACAGGUGCUGUCCCUGGGUGCUGAUGUCCUUCCUGAGUACAAGCUGCAGGCGCCACGCAUCCACCGAUGGACCAUCCUGCACUACAGUCCCUUCAAGGCUGUGUGGGACUGGCUCAUCCUCCUGCUGGUCAUCUACACAGCCGUCUUCACCCCCUAUUCAGCUGCCUUCCUGCUCAACGAGGAGCAGGUGGAGGAGAAGCGCUGGGACUGCAGCUACUCCUGUGACCCACUCAACAUCAUUGACCUCAUCGUGGACAUCAUGUUCAUCGUGGACAUUGUCAUCAACUUCCGCACCACCUAUGUCAACAUCAACGACGAGGUGGUGAGCCACCCUGGCAAGAUCGCCAUUCAUUACUUCAAGGGGUGGUUCCUCAUUGACAUGGUGGCUGCCAUCCCCUUUGACCUGCUCAUCUUCCGCUCUGGCUCUGAUGAGACCACCACCCUCAUUGGCCUCCUGAAGACGGCCCGGUUGCUGCGCCUGGUGCGCGUGGCCCGGAAGCUGGACCGGUACUCAGAGUAUGGAGCAGCUGUGCUCUUCCUGCUCAUGUGCACCUUUGCCCUCAUUGCCCACUGGCUGGCCUGCAUCUGGUACGCCAUCGGCAAUGUGGAGCGGCCCUACAUGGAGCACAAGAUUGGCUGGCUCGACAACCUGGGUGACCAGAUCGGCAAGCGCUACAAUGACAGUGACCUCUCCUCUGGCCCGUCCAUCAAGGAUAAGUACGUCACUGCCCUGUACUUCACCUUCAGCAGCCUCACCAGUGUGGGUUUUGGCAACGUCUCGCCCAACACCAACUCCGAGAAGAUCUUCUCCAUCUGCGUCAUGCUCAUUGGCUCUUUGAUGUAUGCCAGUAUCUUUGGCAAUGUCUCAGCCAUCAUCCAGCGCCUCUACUCAGGCACAGCACGCUACCACACGCAGAUGCUGCGGGUCAAGGAGUUCAUCCGCUUCCACCAGAUCCCCAACCCCCUGCGCCAGCGCCUGGAGGAGUAUUUCCAGCACGCCUGGUCCUACACCAAUGGCAUCGACAUGAACGCAGUGCUGAAGGGCUUCCCCGACUGCCUGCAAGCCGACAUCUGCCUGCACCUGAACCGCACGCUGCUGCAGAACUGCAAAGCCUUCCGGGGAGCCAGCAAAGGCUGCCUGCGUGCCCUGGCCAUGAAGUUCAAGACGACUCAUGCACCACCUGGAGACACCCUGGUGCACUACGGAGAUGUCCUCACCACGCUCUACUUCAUCUCCCGGGGUUCCAUUGAGAUCCUCCGGGAAGACAUUGUGGUGGCCAUCUUAGGGAAGAACGACAUCUUCGGGGAGCCCAUCAGCCUCUAUGCCCGCCCAGGGAAGUCCAAUGCCGACGUGAGGGCCCUGACCUACUGUGACUUGCACAAGAUCCAGCGUGAGGACCUGCUGGAGGUCUUGGACAUGUACCCAGCCUUCUCUGACAACUUCUGGAGCAACUUAGAGAUCACCUUCAACCUACGAGAUGCAGACAGUGUUCCCCGCUCACCCCUCAGCGAGGAGUAUGACUGCUCCUACCGCCCGGCUCGCCGACACAAGCACUCCAUUUGCCAGCCCAGCAAACCCGACCCAGACACGGGCAUCUCUGAUGCAGAGCAGUAUCACACCUACUCCGAGCUCACCAACCCGCAGGACCCACCGAGUAAGGACCAGUGGGAUGACCUGGGCAGCAGCACCUCUCCCUGCUCCCAGGCCAGUGACGAUGAGGCCAAGACCGGCAGCCCUGUGAAAGCUGAGCCCUUCCCCACACCCCAAAAGGAUGACUUUGCUCUGCCCUCGCUCAGCCUCAUCACCACCAGCGCUGGCAACACGGAGGUCAGCAAGCAGGCGGCGGAGAGCAGCCAGUCCUACACAGCCACUCCCCUGGAUAUUCCCAGCAUGUUCACCUUCUGGGAAGAUCGGCAGCCGACCCACCCUGCAGAGCCUUUGCAGCACAUCUCGCUGGUGCACAGCUCACAGGAUGUGCCCCUGCACAGUGACUACAGGCCAGGGCAGAUCGAGUCCAGGCUGGAGCUCCUGCAGGCCCAGCUCAGCAGGCUGGAGUCCAGGAUGUCGUCAGAUAUUAAUAUAAUCCUCCAGCUCCUGCAGCGCCAGCUGUCCCAAGUGCCGCCUGCGUACAGCCCCAUCUCGCCAACCUCCCACAGCCUGGCCAUGUACGGCACCGUCCCCCGGAGCCUGGAGCCGCUCGCCCCCUGUGCACCUCUGCAGGACCAGGAACUACCGACCCAGGAGCAGAGCCCGAGCUACACAGAGGUAGAAAAGUUCCACUUGAAAUCCAAGGACUCCUUGUCAAGCGGGAUGCAGCUGUCUGUGUCAUCUGACAAAACCAUGACCGUCUACUCCGAGCAGAAGCACCACUCCCCACCUCUCCUGAAUCCAGAGCCUCCCCACCAAAGGGCACCAAAUACCCAGGGACUCUUGCGGGGUUCUCGUUUCCCUUCCCUUCCUGAGCACUUGGAGGCAUCUUCCGAGCACCAGGACAUUCAGAGACACCUCUCCGACCCUGUGCUUCCUGGAAGUUAG